AUGCAUUACCGUAGAAUUUGCCGGAUCGUUCGUUUUGUUGACACUUUUGGAUCCAAUUUCGGCUACACGUUGCUCCUUGAUCUAUUCCGGAGUUACACUGCCAGCAUGCCGUGCAUUGAGUUCAUUCUCCAGUUGAACAAACAGGCGUCAAAAUGCAACUACGGUGACCGAUUGGAAGAAGAACGUUUUAAUCGUCCCAUUGCUGGAAUCCACAACAUCUCAUUACAACAUUGGCCAUAUCCGCAAGGUAUGCCCAAUGCCCAAGUGCAACCUCAUCGAUUCCCAUCUCCAACGUCAGACGAGAACUCAAGCCCAAUGUACACGCUGAAGACCGCUGAACGUAACGGUCAGUUUGUGUUUGCCCCACCAAGGUUCGAGUCUGCUCACAGUCCGUCUAUUCUGGGCUUUCGAGCAAUGCGGCUACGACAAGGGUCCAUCACACUUUACAGCAACAACGAUAUGCCAUUCUCCUCGCAUCUUCAACAUUUGAUUGUACAGUGUUCCGAUAACGUUGGUGGCAUGAAAGUACCGUCGGUGAAGUUGGAAAUGGACGGUGAAUCUAUUUUCCUAAAACGACGCGUUUUCCCAUACGGUCAACGGGAAGGUAUUCUGAAAGCAUCACAGAAAAUGGAGUAG